AUGGCCAAAAAGCAAGUCCGAUCCCCACCACAAGUGACGAUCACAGGAGUUAGAAGCAACCAGUUCCAGAUAUCCCAAGCCAGCACGAAGAAUCGCCGCCUUGCAGCUCAGAUGGCCAACAGACCGGAUAUCCAAGCUGCCCUUGGAGGAAACUCUCCCAGCCUUAAAAGCAGACUUGGCUCACCAAACAGAGGCGGAGGAAGAGGAGGAGGUGCUAAAAGUGGAGGAUUGUUGAAAAAUCGGCUCGGCACCAGUAGUGCUGGUUCACUGAGAAGUCCUGGGGGUGGUGGUAGAUUUCGUCAGGGAAGAGGGCAAAGUAAUGUCCGUGGUUUUGGUGGUGUUAGAAGGGGAAGAGGUGGAGCUGUUCGUGGUGGCCGUGGUGUGCAAGGUGCUAGGGGAAUUGCUCGUGGUGGGCGUGGUGUGCGUGGUGGUAGAGGGUUAACAAGGGGGCGUGGACGGGGUCGAGGCAAAGCUGACAAACCAGUCUCAAAAGACAAGUUAGACGAAGAGCUUGAUAAGUAUAUGUCAAAAACAAAGAGUCAUCUUGAUGCCGAGCUUGAUGAGUACAUGCAGCAUGCAGAUGAUGAAUAA